CGCCCGGGCGCCCUCCAGCAUGCGCCCUUCCUUGCGCAACUACGCCGCCGCGGCCGCCGCUCCUGCGCUCCUCCCGCGGUGGCAGGGGCGGCCGCAGCAGCAGCAGCUGCGCUGAGCCCCAGCGCCAGGCGCGCAAGCCCCCCGCCCGCCCCGCCGGCCGGCCGCCCCCCGCCUCCCCCUCCAUGAUGGACAGCCGCAUCCUGGAGCACCCCCAUGCCCAGUUCGGAGGCAUGGUGGGCUUCCCUUACCCCAUCGGGCACCACCACGUCUACGAGCUGGCCGGCCACCAGCUCCAGUCGGCCGCCGCCGCCGCCGCCGCCGCCUCGGUGCCCUUCUCCAUCGACGGAUUACUCAACGGCUCGUGCGCCGCCUCCGUGGUCAACCCCAGCCCGCUCCUCCCGGCCGGCUGCGGAGUCAACGGCGACAACCAGCCCUUCAAGCUCUCCGACUCUGUGGACCCAGACAAGGAAAGCCCCGGCUGCAAAAGACGACGGACGCGCACGAAUUUCACCGGCUGGCAGCUGGAAGAGCUGGAGAAAGCGUUUAACGAAAGCCACUAUCCCGACGUGUUUAUGAGGGAGGCGCUGGCCUUGAGACUGGAUCUGGUGGAGUCCAGAGUGCAGGUCUGGUUCCAAAACCGCCGGGCCAAAUGGAGAAAGAAAGAGAACACCAAGAAAGGGCCCGGCCGGCCGGCACACAACUCCCACCCGACGACGUGCAGCGGGGAGCCCAUGGACCCCGAGGAGAUCGCCCGCAAGGAGCUGGAGAAGAUGGAGAAGAAGAAGCGCAAGCACGAGAAGAAGCUACUCAAGAGCCAAGGCCGCAACCUGCACUCGCCCAGCGGCCUCUCGGUGAACAGCAGCACGCAGAGCUCCGACAGCGACGGCGGCGGGGGCCUUUCUCCAGACCCGCCCGAAGGCUGCAAGGGCAGUUCGCACAACCCGCCUCUCCCCGGCAGCUGCGACGCCGCCGCCUCGGCUUUCUACCCCAGCCGCGGCGGCUGCAGCAGUCGCUGUGCGCCCAAGGACUCCUGCUCGCCGUCGGGCUCCGAGUGCGCGGCGGCAGCGGCGGCGGCGGCGGCGCCUCCUCCCUCCUCGACGGCGCGGGGGUCCUCCGGCUUCCCGAAGCUCAACCCUUUCAGCGUGGAGAGCCUGCUGUCGGACUCCCCGCCCCGACGGAAAGCGGCGCUGGAGUUCCCGCAGGCCCUGGCGCCUUCGUGCGCCCCGUCGGCGCGCACGCUCAUCGGCAAGGGCCACUUCUUGCUCUACCCCAUCACGCAGCCGCUGGGCUUCAUCGUGCCCCAGGCCGCCCUCAAGAGCAACCCGGGCCAAGAGCCGCCGCAGCGGGGCUCCCCGUUGCCCGCCGCCAACCCCAGCCCGGACCCCGCGCCCCCCAAGAGCAGUAGCACCGCCGCCAUCUCCACGCAGGGCGGCGGGCGCUUGGCGAGCUGCGGCGGCGCCCCGCCGGACAGCAACUCCGCGCCCGGGGCGGUGCCUGCCCAGAAGAGGCCUCCUUCUCCCCCCGCGGCACGUCUCACCAGCUGCUCCUCUUCCUCCUCCUCCUCCUCCUCCUCCUCCUGCGCUGCCUCCACUUCUCCCUCGCCCUACUGCGACUCCUCUUCCCUGGCGGACAGUAGCAGCCUCUGCGUCCAACCAAAGCCCCCCCUUCUCCAGCCAGCAAAAGACGCCUGCCCGUCCAGGGACAAUUCGGACUGUCGCGCUGAGCCCAACUGUCGGGCAGAGACCAGCAACUUAGACUGUGAGGAAGUGGAUAUGGACUGAACGGCCACAACCAGGGGGUGGGGGGGGGGAAGAGGAGAGAGAAUUCUAUAUUAGUUUCUUUUGGCGGGGAGGCUCACAAAGUUCUCCACCUAAACUUCUAACAUUCCCAAAGUUUCCCAGGCCAGGUCCCCCCCCCAUCCCAAUUACAUAUAUUUUAAAAAGUUCUACCCCCCCCCUCCUCAACCCCACUCGGUCUAUAGCCCAACCCCGUUUAAAAUCAGGUGAUCCUUUUCUAUAUUUUAUUUUUAAUCCUUUCGAAGGACAGUGGCGCGGGGGGGGGGAUGCGGCUGGCAUUAACCGAAGGCGGACUCCACGAAGCGAACUCAGAAACUGUAAAGAGACAAAAAAACAGACACAACAGCGACUCCUCAGACCUUGUAAAAUGCAAAAAUGUUUAAAGAUAUUUAUAUAUGUUAAAAGAGAAGCCCCACCAUUUUUUCAUAAAUAAAAACCUCUUAAAAAAUCAACCGGGCUAUUUUUCUCUCUCUUCCUUUGCACUUAAAAAAACAGUUAAAAAAAAAAAAAGUCGUCUUGUCAUAACCUAAUUGCUGAAACAAUAGAUCUUUGACUGACUUUAUUUUAAAAAAGGAAAGUAAAGAGUGGGUGGAUUUUUUUUUUUUUUAAAAAAAACCCUUUCUCCCCACCCCCCAAUCUUUGGGAUUUCCAUGUGUGUUUAUUGCUUAACAAAUGUAUUCAUUUAAUAGCCUCCCCCUUCUUUUUUUCCCUGUUCCCUAUCACUCCCCCCAACCCUCCUCCCCCCACACAUGAGGUUAGCAGCUUCGGGCUAUAAGAAGCCGUCCAGCUCCUGGUGCGUUUUGAUAUGAAAGUAAUUAUUUUCCCGGUGGCUGCUGCGGGGAUUCGGUUUCCUUGCCCAAAGGGUUAUUAUACAUUACCGAUUUCUAGUGAUAUGAAAUCACAUAAACUUCCUACAAUAAUAGAAUUAGCAUGAAAGGCUGGGGUGUCAAAUUGAAAUUGGAAAAUAAUAGCCUAAGCAGCUGGGGGAGUGUGUGUGUGCAUAUUGGAGCGGAGAUGGGGAAACGUGGGGCGGAAUUUUCAUGAGGGCUCUCCCCCCGACAUCACCGCCCUCCCCAUCACCAUACACUCCCUCCUUCCUCCCCCCUCUCUCUCUUCGCCCCCCCUCCCCGCUUUCCUCUUUGUCAGUC